AUGGGAUUCUUGCAUCUCGCCGUUUCUAUGACCGCGCAAGGCGUGAUCGCCAUGGCCGCCAUCUGCUUUACCUCCCGGUAUUCCCUCUGGCGGGCUGCAGCUGUUCCCUUGGUUGCCUUCACGACCUAUCAAGCAUGGCUGGCCCUGGACUUUUUCGACAGCAAUCAGCUUGUAAACCCUAUGACGGCUGCUUUUGUGGUCGGGUUUGGCCUUCAUCAUCUCAACCUAAUGUGUGUGGCUCGCAUCGACGCUGAGGAGAUCCAACACCAGAUCCAGCGCCAGACCGCCACCAAAGGCGCAGAGACCACUGUCCCCCAGUACGACUGUCUUCGCUGGACAUUCUACCUGCUCACGACCCUUCGCGGCAUUGACACCCCUUAUCAAGUCAAAACCGUGCCGCGCGGCAAGAAUGAAGAUUCAGCGUCUCGGGUCGGCUUCCUCGCCCGCACGUUGCUGAUCAUUGGUGCCAAGUACCUGGUGCUCGAUCUCAUGACUUUUUCGCCCCCGUCCAAGGAUGACACGAUGCGUCUUUUUGGCCCAGGGAGAGAGUAUCUUUUCCUUCGGCCAAACGGUCUGCCGCCGGCCACUCUGCAAGAAGUGCUAAUCCACCUGGGGGUUGCAUUCCUCGGCUGGGGCCCAAUUGGCAGCUGGUUCAUCGACGUCCACUACCGUGUCCUCGCCGUGCUUUCUGUUGGGCUGGGGAUAUCCUCGCCCUAUCAGUGGCCCGCCCUCUUUGGGUCCAUAACCGAGACUUACACCCUGCGAGGGUUUUGGGGCCGCUUCUGGCAUCAGGUCUUUCGCUGGCCAAUGCAGAGUAUUUCCUCUUACAUCUGUCGAGAUCUCCUGCAGUUGCCACGUCCUUCCCUAGUCGAACGGUAUCUUAACAUCACGUGUGUUUUUGCCAUCUCUGUGUUUCUGCACCAGACGAUCGACGGACGAGCAGGCAUCUGGCUCCCUUAUAGCGGCGCUCUACGCUGCUUCCUGAUCCAACCGCUGGGCAUCAUGAUCGAAGACGCUGUGCAGGAAGCGUUCCGGCGUUUCAGAGGCAACUCCAAAUAUCACAGUACCAUCUGGACAAGGUUGAUCGGGUAUCUCUGGGUUUGGGGAUUUCUCACGCUGGUGGCGCCCCUAUACAAUUUCCCCCUCUUUCGGUACCAGGAUCCAACCAAGAACGGGGUCCCGUUUUCGGUCAUCAAGUUCGUUCGCGCCCACUUGGAAGAGUAA